AUGAAAAGUGGAGGAUAUGUACAGCAAUAUUUUGAACUUGAAAAUUUCAAUUUUACUUUAUUUUGUCAAAAUAUACAGUUUUAGUAGAAGGUAAUCUGAAAAAAAAAAUUAAAAACCCUGCUGGACUCGAACCUGCGACCUACAUUUCAGCAGUCGGUAUGCUAACCUACUGAACAACUCGGUUAGGUAUUUAAAUUGAAAAGGAAAAGUCAAAUAUUGCUGAUUGAUUUUCUCAUCCAUGUUUUCCAAGGAAGUCAGACAUUAUGACGAUGUAGAGUACCUUCAGAUUUUUCACCCGGUGAUCUCCUUCUCAUUAAUAUGAUGUAACCUCAUAUUUUAACCAAUCAAAAUACUUCUAGUGUAAAAAUGGCGGAAAAGGUUGAAGGGGUGUUUUGAGUAACAUCAAGUUGUAAAUCCAGUCUAGCUCACAUAUUUUAUCAAUUUACUGUCUUUGUUUUUUGCUACCUGCAUACACUUCACAUGCGGUAAACGCAAAAUCCUUGCCCGGGAUUGCAACCAUCAUGGUAAGAUUUGCUUUGGCGGGCUUCCGUUUUAGGGAGAAUUCGUUAAGUAUAUAAACUAAUAAAAAUAUUAGAAAGAGAUAUCGCUUUCUCUUUGAGAGAUCUCUCUUUUUUUAACGAUUAAAGAGAUAUCUCUUAAACUUUAAGGUAUAUCGCUCUAGGAAUUUUUAGAGAGAUAUCUCUUCAAGUGGAGGAGAUAUCUCUACUAAAAGUAAGAGAUAUCUCUCAGAGUAAAAGAGAUAUCUCUUUAAAUGAAAGAGAUAUCUCUCUCAGAGUGAAAGAGAAAUCACCCUAAGUGUAAGAGAUAUAUCUUUAAAGUGAAAGAGAUACCUCUUUUAUCUAGAGAUAUCUCUUAAAAUUAAGAGGUAACUCUCAUUUUAAAGAGAUUUUUCUUUAAAAUCAGAUAUAUCUCUUUAAUUCAAAGAGAUGUCUUAUUUUUCAAAUAAAUAGUAAUGUUAGGGCUUGCCAUAGAAGUGCCAUCUAUUAUUGAGACGAUAGGUCCCUAGCUACAACUUUAGCCUAGGUAAUUUUUUGUCGCAAACCACCCCUAUUGUCUCCGUUCAUGCACGCGCUUAGAUCGACGGACUAGAACUCAGUAGACUAGUACUCAGUAAGAAGGGCUAGCGACGAUGUGGUUUUUUUUUUUAAAUAGCAGUGUCUUAUUCGCGUUCGGAAACCCUUGCCUCCUGAAAGUGGUAAUCAUACAGUAACCUCAGGUGACUGCAAUUGUGCAGAUUUGAACAUAUUCAACAGCCCCUACUCUCGGUUCGUUUACAAGCGAAGGAUGACGACCUUACAACUUGAAGAUCUGUCCUGUCCAAUAUGUCUGGAGUUGUACGAUUAUCCCAUCAUGUUACCUUGUCUCCACAGUUUCUGUGUAGGAUGUUUGCGAGAACUCGCUGACGGUAAUACCGCUACCACCAUCGCUUGUCCCCAGUGUCGGAGAGACGUACAGGUACCUAGCGGAGGUGUUGAAAAUUUUCCCAAAAAUUUCAGCUUGGCGAAUAAUGUGAAAAAAGUCAAGCAACAAGAAGAGCAAAAAUUAUCAUCGAAUGCAGACUCUGCAAAACAUUCUUCGUCAUCAAUCGACCAAACUCAAGCCUUUUCAGAUUUUGGUAUAGAUCCAUCUCCAUGGGAGUUUCCCCCGCCACAUGAUUUUCCUCCAAUAUUCCACCAUCACCACGGUUCUCCAUGGACACACCACAGACCGCCCGGAUGUCAGCGAAGAGGUUUUCAUCAACCCCCUUCUCCCCCACACAGACCACACCCCAGGGGGCCCCACGAGCAGCCUCCACCUUGGCAUCGCCAUAGCCACCAUCAUCACCCUCCUCCACCAUGGCACCACCCAAGAGGCCCACCUUCCCAUGAAUGAAUUGUCUACUGAUGUUCUACUGAAUGUUCGAAAGAUUUUAAUAAAAUGAUUUUAAUUUUUUUUU